AUGUGCAGUACUAGGGCGUUGUCCGACAGUGGUAUCGAGAGUGUGCACAAUGCGAAGCUGGGCGUGGCAGGUGGCAAGGCUGGCGGCAGCGCUGAGAUGGACGAUCAAACGAAAGGAAAGAAGGGGAAAAAGAAAGACAAGAAGGCCGCAACAAAGAGUGAAAGUUUUAAUAAGAAAAAGAAGAAAAAACGUAGUGAUCGGAAGAAAGAGAAGAAGAAAGCUGCUGCUGAGGAACAAGAGAAUGAAGGGAAAAAAGAAGAUAUGGAUACCAUUACUGAAGGUAAUGGCUCAGUCAUCAGAGCAGGCGCCUUUCACCUCUAA